UAUUACCGUAUUUUGUUUUAAGGAAAUAAAGACAGUCGUCGGACUAUUCGCAGAAACUGGCAACUCUAGCUAAAAACCACAAUGGCGAAUACAUCGAGUGCCGGCGUUGUGGUGCCACGAAAUUUCCGCUUACUGGAGGAGCUGGAUCAGGGCCAAAAGGGCGUGGGCGAUGGCACCAUAUCGUGGGGAUUGGAGAACGAUGAUGACAUGACGCUCACCUACUGGAUCGGCAUGAUCAUAGGUCCGCCAAGAACACCAUUCGAGAAUCGAAUGUAUUCGUUAAAGAUCGAAUGCGGUGAGCGUUAUCCAGACGAACCGCCAACGCUGAGGUUUUUAACUAAAGUAAAUAUUAAUUGCAUUAAUCAGAACAAUGGCGUGGUUGAUCAUAGAUCAGUGCCCAUGUUGGCCAGAUGGAGUCGCGAGUAUACUAUAAAAACGAUGCUGCAGGAAAUUCGGAGGAUUAUGACCAUGAAAGAGAACCUGAAGCUGGCACAACCACCAGAAGGAAGCUGUUUUUAGUCGACAACAACAACAACAACCAUUAGUAGCAACAACAACAACAGAGCUAGGAGCAGCGGCAAUUGCAACGAAACAAGAUAAACCAAAACAUCUGUCCAAGACCAAGAUUCAAGAUCGUGUGCUGCAGCUGCUCCUGCUUCUGCAAGGAUUCUGAUGAACGUAAUAGGAGAUUGAAGAUCGAGUGCGGUUAUUGUGGAAAGAACAACAACAACCAAAUGCAAGCUAUAUACUAUAAGUAACACUGGAACAGCCGCUAAAUGCGAAAUGCGUCCCUUCCGUCAUGAAAACUAUGUCAUCGCGUUUGGUUACUUUACUCUACUUCACCCAACAAUAACAAAAACAACAAAACAACCUUUCUUAAAUAAGAAAUAAAACAACAGCGAGAGAAAUGCCUACGAAA